CUCACUCACUUUUUGUCCACUUUAACGGGCGCUCGUUAAACUGCCGGUAACCGGACGUUAAGUUACCACAUUUACCGGCUCAGAAACUGUUAAAAAACCCCGUCGGUAACCGGAAUAUAUCCGGUAAUGACAACACUUUAAAGCGACCGGUAACUUCGGUGAUGUGUGUACCCGCACUGAUGGAGACGCUCUGAGGGUGACAGACAGUAGGAAAGUCAUCACCCUUCCUCCCUCCCUCCUCCACCCUGAAGGCUGCACAGAUGUUUUCACUCGCUCAGGAAAACAUCUCCACUUCCCCUGCUUCCACCAAAGGACCGGUCAAAUAUGGAGAGCUCAUUGUGUUGGGGUGUAACGGAUCGCUGCCCAACGGCGACAAGGGGAGGCGGAAAAGUCGCUUCGCUCUGUGUCGCAGGAACAAGGCCAACGGUGUGAAACCCAGCACCGUCCACUCCUCCUGCACGCCUCAGGCUGCCAAGGCGAUAAGCAACAAGGAGCAGCACAGUAUUUCAUACACGCUGUCCCGGGCGCAGACAGUGGUGGUGGAGUACACCCACGACAGCAACACAGACAUGUUCCAGAUCGGUCGCUCUACGGAGAAUCCCAUCGACUUCGUGGUGACAGACACGGUGCCCGGCGGUCAGAGCCACGCUGACGGUCAGACGGUUCAGAGCACCAUCUCCCGCUUCGCCUGCCGCAUCAUCUGCCAAAGACACCCGCCUUACUCGGCACGCAUCUACGCCGCCGGCUUCGACUCCUCCAAGAACAUCUUCCUCGGGGAGAAGGCGGCCAAGUGGAGGAUGCAGGACGGUCAGAUGGACGGACUGACCACCAACGGCGUUCUGGUGAUGCACCCGCGCCAUGGCUUCAGCCAGGACUCUAAACCGGGACUGUGGAGGGAAAUCUCAGUGUGCGGCAACGUCUUCACGCUGAGGGAAACCAGAUCAUCUCAGCAGAGAGGAAAGAUGAUGGAUUCUGUCUCUGAGUGCAACGAGCUGGCGGACGGCUCGCUCAUCGACCUGUGCGGCGCCACCCUGCUGUGGCGGACGGCGGAGGGCCUGGCGCACACGCCCACCGUCAAACACCUGGAGGCCCUGCGGCAGGAGCUGAACGCCGGGCGGCCGCAGUGUCCCGUGGGCUUCAACACGCUGGCCUUCCCCAGCCUUCGCCGCAAAGACGUCCCGGACGAGAAGCAGCCCUGGGCCUACCUGCGCUGCGGCCACGUGCACGGCUACCACGGCUGGGGCGGGCGCCGCAACCCCGAGGUGGACGCGGAGUGUCAGGAGAGAGAGUGCCCCAUGUGCCGGGCGCGGGGGCCCUACGUGCCGCUGUGGCUGGGCUGCGAGCCGGGUUUCUACGUGGACGCGGAGCCCCCCACCCACGCCUUCGUCCCCUGCGGCCACGUCUGCUCGGAGAAGACGACAGCGUACUGGAGUCAGAUCCCGCUGCCGCACGGCACGCACACCUUCCACGCCGCCUGCCCGUUCUGCAUCCGGCCGCUGAGCGCAGAGUCCGGCUGCAUCAGACUCAUCUUCCAAAGCCCGCUGGACUAGAAACCACUCAGACUUCUUAUCUCGAGCCUCCUCCGACAGAACUUUGAGUUUCAUAACUUAAUUUUUUAUAACUUAAUUUAACUUAAUGAGUCGAUUCCCGGCUUUGUUUGAACGUCAGAUUCAGGCCACACUGUCCUCCUCCUCCUCCUCCUCCUCCUCCUCCUCCUCUUCCUCCUCCCCGGACGCAGCUGCCUGAUGUUUGCCUUAAACUUUGUAUUUAUUCGUUCACCUCGGCAGUAAUGUUUGUUGUGAAUCAGUUCAGAAUAUAACGGCUGUAAUGUUUCCCACACUCUGCCUUAAAGAGCCACAAACAUUCACACCUGGUAUUAAAAUGUGAUGAGAAAUCAGUUCCAGACUCUUUUAAAACUCACAGUUUUAUGAGUUGUUGAGUUUGGUUGAACUUUAUAAACUUUGUGAAACGCUGUCAACGACUUAUUUGUCCUCUCUUUUUAAAUUCAGGAGAUUAAAUCCAUCAAAGAUCUGCUUCACUCGUGUGUUCAGACAUUUAAACAGUUGGAGCAAUAAUAUGUUUUUUCCACAAAAAUGAAUGUACAAUAUUAUAUUCUAUGAUUUUCUCACAAUUUGUAUUAACACAAUGAGAUUGGAGACUAAUUAUGAAAUCUUUUUCAGUCAUAAUUUAUUUAUUAUUUGUAAUUAUUAACAUAUUUAUAUUUUAACAACCUGUAUUUUAUGUUAACACAUAUCUGUAUCUGUACUAUGGAAGCCCUUUUAUAACAGUAAAAUUAACAAAUUACAAUAAAAAUUUGAUAAUAAAAACAAUAUAUUAAAACAAUGAUCUUUUUAUUUAUAUAAUAUAAUUAUCAUUUUAAUUCAAGGUUAAAUUGUUGUGUGUAAACCGACCUGAGCAGUGCACACAGUGCGAGCCCGACUUCCUCCAGAUGAGGUCCGACAGAUCCGAAAACGACUCUUUUACUCCAACGUGGAUGAAGAUCACAUUUUAAUAUCAGGUGUAAAUGAUUGAUUAAUGAUUGAUCAUCAGUUUCAGUUUCUCUCUGUGGUUCUUGUUUCUGUGGGAAAACUGAAUUUUAAGCAGCUAAAUGUAAAAAACAAACCGGACCUUUUAUUGAUCAUUACAUAUUUUUGUAUUUGAAAUCAAUUGGCCUUCCUCUGUGAUGCUGUUGCCUCUUUGAAUAACUAUUUUAUGAUCUUAAUACAAACUUUGUACCUUAACAACACAAAUAUAUUUCUUGGGGAAACUUUUUAA